UUAUUUAUUUAUUUAUUUUUUUGGUCUUCAGGUUAUCAAGUUAAUAAGCGAUUGGUGACUAUCUGUUGAUUGUCAAAUUCCUAUCCGUGAGAAGUGGACGGGAAUCUUUAAGCAUGAGUGACACGCUUGACAUUGAGAAUGGUGUCUUGAGUUUUACCAAUCCCAAUUACCAUUUGGAUCCAUCUGAUGUUAAUAGUAAUCCAGAACCUAUUGAUUCUGAGUCCCCAGAUCAUACAUUUGAUGAAUUAUAUGAGGAACUGGAUGCAGUAUGCCGCUUCAGUAGCAAAUCAUCAAUUAAAAGUCGUCACAGCUAUGCCAAGCUUGAUACAAUUUCUAUGGGUGUAGAACCAAAUCCAGAUCCAUUAACAAGUUUAGAAAAUACUCCUUUGUUAAAAUCAGACAGAGAAAAUAACAUUACCUCCAAUAAAACUGAAACACAAACAUUAGAAGACAACAAUAAUAAAUGUUCUAACAAUAAUACUGUAGAAAAUAUGGGAAGAAGAAGUAGUAGUUUUCUUGAUUACUAUAUCAAUUUAGAAUCAGCUGCUAAGCAAAGGAAAGAAACUGUUUCAUCAUUGGAUUCAGAUCUUGACUGUUCUCAGAAUUAUGAAGCAAUAUCAAGAACAGAAAAUUCUGAAAGGAUAUGUAAAACUUCUUCUAUAGAAAAUUUUAAUGAUUCAGAGAAAGAAAAUUCUGGUGAUAUUCCUCAUGUACAUGGAGAACUUAACGAUGAUAUUUACGCUGUGCCUGUAAAAAGAAAAUCACAGAAAUGCCAGGAAAAUAAUCACAAAAAUGAUGUAUCUAAUUUAGAUAGUGAAUUGGAAAAUUCUUGUGAGAAAGAAUUUUCUUUAGAAGAAUUAAGGGCAGAUGAGGCACUCCCUUCAGGAUGGGAAAGACAUGAAGAUGCAGAUGGCCCAUAUUAUUGGCAUAUUAGCAGUGGAACAAUACAAAGGGAACCACCACAAUUUCAACCUGGUCAAAAAUUGAAUUCCAAGCAAUUAAUAAGAGAUGUUGAUUCGAUAAAUAGUAUGCCUUCAUCAAAGUCCUCUAGUAUCUCAUCGUCAUCAUCAUCUGAUUCUUCUGAACUGUCUAUGUGCAACAAUGAACAUAACAUAGAAUCUAAUAUGAAGAAUUCUCAGGAAGGUACUUGCAGUUUAACUCCAGAUAAGGUAAAUAUUAAAUUUUUUAAUGAGAUAUGUAAAACUUCUUCUAUAGAAAAUUUUAAUGAUUCAGAGAAAGAAAAUUCUGGUGAUAUUCCUCAUGUACAUGGAGAACUUAACGAUGAUAUUUACGCUGUGCCUGUAAAAAGAAAAUCACAGAAAUGCCAGGAAAAUAAUCACAAAAAUGAUGUAUCUAAUUUAGAUAGUGAAUUGGAAAAUUCUUGUGAGAAAGAAUUUUCUUUAGAAGAAUUAAGGGCAGAUGAGGCACUCCCUUCAGGAUGGGAAAGACAUGAAGGUAUUGAUGUUAUAACUAAAUUUACUUUUUAUUGUUUUAUAAAAUGCAGGAUAUGUAAAACUUCUUCUAUAGAAAAUUUUAAUGAUUCAGAGAAAGAAAAUUCUGGUGAUAUUCCUCAUGUACAUGGAGAACUUAACGAUGAUAUUUACGCUGUGCCUGUAAAAAGAAAAUCACAGAAAUGCCAGGAAAAUAAUCACAAAAAUGAUGUAUCUAAUUUAGAUAGUGAAUUGGAAAAUUCUUGUGAGAAAGAAUUUUCUUUAGAAGAAUUAAGGGCAGAUGAGGCACUCCCUUCAGGAUGGGAAAGACAUGAAGAUGCAGAUGGCCCAUAUUAUUGGCAUAUUAGCAGUGGAACAAUACAAAGGGAACCACCACAAUUUCAACCUGGUCAAAAAUUGAAUUCCAAGCAAUUAAUAAGAGAUGUUGAUUCGAUAAAUAGUAUGCCUUCAUCAAAGUCCUCUAGUAUCUCAUCGUCAUCAUCAUCUGAUUCUUCUGAACUGUCUAUGUGCAACAAUGAACAUAACAUAGAAUCUAAUAUGAAGAAUUCUCAGGAAGGUACUUGCAGUUUAACUCCAGAUAAGAAGCCAAUACGGUUUGCUGUAAGGUCAAUGGGUUGGGUUGAAAUAGCAGAAGAAGAUUUGACUUCUGAACGAAGUAGUAAAGCAGUUAACAAAUGUAUUGUUGAUCUUUCUUUGGGUCGCAAUGAUAUUCUGGAUGUUGUUGGAAGAUGGGGCGAUGGAAAGGACUUGUACAUGGAUCUGGAUGACUAUUGCCUGAGGCUGACGGACCCACAAGACCUGACUGUCCUAAACACCCAGCCAAUCCAUACGAUCAGAGUUUGGGGAGUUGGACGAGAUAAUGGCAGGGAAAGGGACUUUGCAUAUGUUGCUCGUGAUCGUAUAACUCGUAAGCAUAUGUGCCAUGUCUUCCGCUGUGAUAUCCCUGCACGUAUCAUUGCCAAUACUCUUCGAGAUAUCUGCAAAAAAAUAAUGAUAGCAAGAAGCCUUCAACAAAAUCUAGCAAAACCUGUUGGACCUGGUGUGCAUAAUUUUCAUGGUGUACCUUGUCUUAGUGGUAGGAAUAUAGCAGCCCGCCCAACCAAUUUACCAACAGAGCAACGACGUUUUCUUCACAGCAAUUCACAGAGUUCCUAUACAAGUCAAUCAUUUCCAACACCUAUGGAAGAACCAAAAAAAGUCCUUAAAGUCCAUUAUUUAGGAACUACUCUAGUUACUAGAGCCCUAGGAAUAGAAGUUUUAAAUGCAGCUAUUGAUCAGUUAGUUUCGGUAGUACCCCAGGAACAAUAUAAGUUUGUAAAUGUUGCAGUAGCUCCAUCAACUAUUACUAUUCUUGAACCAGGGGAAGAUGGAAAACAAAUAGCUGAAUGUAGAGUUCGUUUUCUUUCUUUCUUGGGAAUUGGAAGGAAUGUGAAACAUUGUGCUUUCAUAAUGCAUACUGCCCAAGAUCAGUUCAUAGCUCAUGUAUUUCAUUGUGAACCUUCUUCUGGAGCUAUGUGCAAAACAAUUGAGGCAGCUUGUAAGUUGCGAUAUCAAAAAUGUUUGGAUGCACAUAGACAGAUUCAAGAAAAAAAGAAUGCAGAAGCACAGCAAAAUAAGGGUAUUGCAACAACAAUACGGAAUGUGCUUGGAAAUUUAACAACACGUCUGAGUAAAAGUACAGAAUCAUGAAGCCACAUUAUUUACAAAUAUCUAGAGCCAUUAUAUUUUGGCUCUAGAAUAUAUAUAUUUAUUUUUGGACUGCUUUCAUAUUAUUCCUUUUCUAGUACAAUGAUUUAUUUUCUUGUGAAUCAUGUAGAUUUACUUUUAGAAAUAUAAGGGCACAAAUGACUUUUAUUUACAAAAAAAUAAUAAUAAUUAAUAAUAAUAAAAGGCAACAAACAGCUUUUUGGCUUAAUGCCAUAUCAAUUGUUAUAAUAGGUGUCAAUAAGAUAAGAAUAUUUUGUGUUGAUUAGUUUGUCAUCCUUCAUCAAUCAUCAUUUUCAACAUUGCAAUGCAUUAUCCAAUUGACUGACUUAUAGCAGAGUGCAACAUUGAUGGAUAUUUGCAAAAUAGUGAUAUGUUGUUAUAUAUCCUGUCCCUUGUAGAAAAUAGAUGUUACUUGAAAUGAAUAAUGUGGACCAGAUACAGAUUUUGAUAUUAAAACUAAUGAUAAAAAUAGAGCAUUUUUAUCUAAUUAUAAUUAUUAUUUUUAAAAUCAAGCAGCUCAUUAUUUAUGUGUGUGAUUUAGAGUGCUUGAUAUGUGCCACUGUAGGAAAGUUUGAAUGAUUAAUCCAAAUAGUUUGAUUAUAAUAAUUUUAUUUUCUAUUAAAGGAAACCAAAAUUAUGCAUAUAAAUAAAACAAGGUAACAUAUUACAUAGCUUGACAUCUCAUCAAGCAUUUAAGAUAUACCUCACCAUUUAAUCAUUUCUGCAGGGAUUAAAUCUACCAGAUAAAAAUGAUUUAUUUAGUGUAAUUUAUACUACUUUGUGAAUAUAUCAUUAUAAAAAAAUAAAUCUACUUAACAUGGUACUUAACGUAUCACUCUAAUUAUUCCAGUAAAUUAUAUCAUAUUGGUGAAAUUUAAAAAAAAGAGAGAGAGCGAGAGACAGACAUCACUGUUAGCUUGUUGAUGCAAAAUAUUUUGAAAAAUAUAAUAUUUGUAAAUUGAUUUAUUAGUUUUCAAAUUUUUAAUGAGUUGUAAAAGUAUAUAUGAAAUGAAAUGCAAAAAAAAUUUAUAUUUCAGUGUAGCAAAAGCUACUGUUUCAUGUAAGUUUUAAAGUGAUAUAUGUAUUAUAAAGUGUCUUGUAAUAUAAAGUUGUUUUGUUAACCUAUUUAUGCAUUAUUGUUCAACAUAUCCAUUUCCUCAUUUGUUAAAUGUACAAAAUGCUGGCUUCAUUAAUAGCAAAUGCAGUUGUUUUCAGAUAUAAAUUAGUAUAAUGGAAAUACUGUUUUAAAAUUUCUAUUACAAAAAUAGCUAAAUUGCCUGGAAUUUUCAUCUAGUUCGUUAGGAGUCAAAAAAAAAAAUAUAACACGAAAACAUUCUCUCAAACUGUUUCAUUAAUUCAGAUUUGCAAAAUGUAAACUAAGGCUAUACUUCUCUUAAAAAUAUAUUAACUUUGCCAGCUAAGUAGAAAUUGUUGUCUAUAUAGUGGUUAAAAAAUGCAUCUCUAUUGUACAGAUUUGUGGUUUGGUGUGAGGUAGCCUGUGUUGGUAUCGACACUUUUGGCUAACCACAUUCUUAAUGUUUGAUGCUGCUAGCAAAUUGUUAUUCUCCAUGUAUCAGCCUGCUUAUCUGCUGUCAUCAGGGAAAUAAAUGCAAGAUUAAGCGACUAAUAUUCAUAAUGCACUUCUAUUAGAAAAAAUGAAGAAUUCCCAUUAAAUUACAUAAUCCGUUGAUAUAGAGAACUUGCAUUUGGACUUAAAUUUUCAAUAAGCAUUCGUCACUCACAGAGAGAGUUUAAUGUAGACACCACAGUAAAAUACAAAGAUAAUCUCAUUAUGCACAAAAUAUAUCUUGUAUGUUCAAUAGAUAAAGACAUUAAAUAUUUUAAUAUCUUUGUGCUCUACUGUAGUCGUCUAUUUUAAUACUUAUUUCCCAGAAUAAGAGAGCAUUUCUGUUGGAAAACAACAAGCAGUUAUCAGAAAGCAACGUGCCAUAUAAGGAUAUGAAUGAUGUGUAGAUUUAUCAUCAGUAGUUCUAGCUUUACAGCUGUCUGGUUUAAGGCAGUUUUGAAAUGUUGCCUCCUUAACAUACCUUCUGCCUGAUGUGUUGAAUGUUAGAAUUGACAUAAUUUUUGUUGAAAACUGUACUCCAAUUUUUAUCUCAAGAUAAUCUUGCUGUAAUGGUGUAACCAUGUCUUUUGUGUAUAUGUCUGCAUUGUAGAAAAUAAAAUGUUUUGGAUCUGU